AUGCAAACGUUCUUAUACGUUUCACCAACAUUAUAUACACUAAGGGAAAAAAAUUGGAAGUCUAAAACACCCAAACUAGGAUAUAUACCCAUUUUAUCAAAUGAUAUAAAUAAAUUUAAACAAAUCCUUGAUAAUAAACUACUUAAUUCAAAUAAAAAGAAUGGACAUCACAAUAAUAUUCCUAAUAAAAUCAAAAAUGGUAAUAAUAACUCUAAUAAUGAUUUAACUUCAACUGAAAGUCAGAAAAAUACGCUUUCGCAAACUGCUAAUAAAGAAAAACAACAAAAUGAAAAAUUUGCAGCAGAAGAUCCUAGAAAAUUUAAAUACCUAGAUUUGAAAAGUUUCCAACCUGCUUCUUUAGAACAACAAAUUCAUACUUUAUGCAUUUCAAACUUGCCAAAUAUUUUCAGCAAACAAGCCAAAAAUAAUGGGUUUUUAAUGACUUAUCAAAGAUUUUUGACUAAGUUAAUCGGUAGAAAUGACACAGUGCUAAGUUGUUGGACUUAUAUAGAAGUCGUUGAUAAAAUUAUUUUAUACUUUAGAAUAUCUGAUAAAAUAUCUAAUGAAGAUUAUAAAAAAACAUUCUAUCUAAUUAAGACCAAAAUAUCUAAACUAGAUGGUUGCCAUUUCCAUUAUGAUGAAAAUGUCCAGAGGUUUUUAGAUAGCAUCGAUAUUAACAAAGAGGAACAAAAACUCUCUAUUGAUAAUAAAAUCAUUGAGGACCUUAAAUCAGUAUUUAAACGGAAACAGCUGGUUAAAGAUGCAAAUUUAAAUAAGGUCACAAACGAUUCAAACAUUACGUAUCAUGUGGAUUUAAACAAACUAAGUGAUUUGCCCCAAAGUUUAUUAGAACCAUUAUGUAAAGAUAUUGUACGAUUCAGAACAAGAGUUUAUACAAUUGAAAAAGAAAAAAUAAUGAAACAAACUCUUUUAGAAGAUAAAGAGCAGAAACAGCAUUUACAGGAGGUAUUUGAAAAGAUAAAAAAAAAUUCCACAAAAUUUCAUGGUAUUGAGAGUGGUAAUGAGGAUCAGGAUGAAGAGGACAAGUACGAUGAUGAAUACACCAUUUUUGAGGAUAUGGAUGAAAAAGAUUAUAUCUUGGAAAAAAAUAGAUUAGACUCCAUUAAAGGAAUGCAAGAUAAACAAUUUGAGGAUUUGUUGAAUAAUAAAUUUUAUAAGGAUGUUUAUUAUAGAUAUCAAGAUUAUUCGCGUUCAAUAGAUAAAUUGGAACAUUACGAUUCUUAUUUGGCAAAGGAAAGAAGUUUAAAUUUGAAGGCAUUAUUAUACUCUACACAAGAUUUGUAUUACGACCAUAAUAGAAGUUACAGGGAAAAUGAAAUAUUAAUGGAUGAUAAGGACAGAGCUUUGUAUCCUAACGCCAAUAGAACGGAACAUGAUUUCAUGUCAAACAGCGAGCUCGAAGCAACACACAUUAAUGGUCCGACUAUUAGCAAUAAAGAACCAGAAAUCAACAAUGCAAGCACUUCCAAGAGUAUACCAAAGAUUAAGUUGAAUAUGAAGUCGGAUAAAACAACAGAAGGAUCUGGUCCUAACGCUACUAAUGUUGUACCCAAUGGCCUACUACCAUUUACUGAAGAGGAGUUAAAACUAAAGAUACAAAUUUUUAAAAACGAGAAAUUUAUCGACGAAAUAAUUAAUGAAUACUUAGGUUGUUACGAGGAGGAAUUAGUGGAAUUUGUUCUUGAUCAUAUAUUGGAAUAUAGAAAUUUAAAAUUUUUAGAAAAAGAGCUUUAUGAAACAUUUGAUGAUGAUGCCACCAAUAUAGUCCUAAGGAUAUGGAAAAAAUUAAGGGAAGUUUGA